AUCACCGCUCAUUUUCAAAACAGCAUUCCCGUGAAGAGACAUUCAGCGGUCUUUUGCUGUCGGAUAUUUUCCGAAACCGGUUCACGAGCGUGCAAUUAGCGUGCUCUAUGCCAAAAAUGCAUCUUAGUCCCAGGUGCUGCGGCUCCAGAUAUCCCUAAUGCCGUCUCCUCGCCCAAUGGAGAUAAUAGUUCAUCCCACCCUGGUUGCAUUUCAGCUGUUCAUCGGUUUCCGCCUACGCUCUUUCAGCUGAUAUAUCCCGAGACAGCACCCUCUCAAGGUGUUGCUGCAGGUUACUUUUUCCCUAAUUGGUUAACCCCCUGUCCUUCUGACCAAUCAUCGUCGAGGCGGCCAUGGGAGCACAUCCCGCCCUCUGGAGGCUCCCGUACCGCAUCGUCUUAGUGUCGUUACGAUUCUAUUUUGGAGCCUCACCUUUAUUCUCUAAACCCGGAUAGAAAUCAUGGGAGGGGAAACUAUAAAUAGUUCUUCAUCGGAGGCCUCUGACUUUCGCUUUUGGUUUCGAGACAAGUCGUCUCAAGUAGUCACCAUGCGAUAUGGAUACGCCAGCGAAACGUUAUGCCACGGCCCAAGAUUGGUCCAGGUUACAGGACACCAUCCUACGGUUAUACCUCGACGAAGACAAGACGCUCGAAGAGGUGAAGGGGCAUAUGGAGGAGCAUCAUGAUUUCUUCGCCACCAUUCCGAUGUAUAAAAAGAAAUUCACGACAUGGGGCGCUUAUAAAAAUCUCCGAUUCGAUGAAGUUCUUCAGAUCCUUCAUCUAAAGAAGCAACGUGACGCAACGCAAAAGCAGUCGACCUAUUUUAUCAGAAAUCGAGAAGUGGAUCACGAUAGCCUUCAGGUGUAUCUUUCACGAAAUCCAUCUGUCUUCGCAAAACUUGAGGCUGGUGCAACUCCAAACCCGGAUGCAAUCCGAGACGUCGCUUGUCGGACUCCUAUUCCAACUUCACCGACAUUAACAUACCGAAAAACUUCGCCCUUGCCUAAGUGCCCAUCUCCAUUAGGCCUUAGUCAUAGAUUACUGCCAGUUUCCGGGGAAAUAUUCCAGGCACUUCACGACUACUUAGAUCAGUCUUUUCGCACGGGUCUCUGGUCUUGGUCAAAUGACCAUUGCUGGAAUACUCACGGGCGAAAUGGCCCAUCAGGACUUCUAAGUUCAGUCAUUGAUAGGUGUAUAACUGCAGGGCUAUCGGUGUCUCGUCAGGUGGAACCGGUUGCUGUUCGCCAGGUUCUCGAUGCCCCUUUUGCGAUGCUGAUUAGAGUAUUUAGGAACCCACCGCCUAUAUUAAUACCAAAGUUGCUUUCAGCUGCUGCUCAUUUGGAACGAAUUGGACGAGGAGAUAUCCGAGGCUUAUUGUUGCACUUUUGCCAAGAUGUUACACUGUCAAUGUAUGGUCAGGAUUAUUCCCUAGCGAAAUUCUGGAAAUGCCUAGCGUCGAUCCCCCACCCCGAACAACGAGAUAUUAUGGAGCGUGUUCUAGCAUCGUGUAUAUCCGAAUACGAUAAGCGAUUAGGUCCUGCUCACCCUUUAUCUAUCGAGGUAUAUCUUAAAUACUUCGAUGCUGUAGAGAGAGAGAAGGACCCGCGAGUUCAAUUACAGUGUCUCAAUCAUCAAUUAGCAAAAAUCAAGGGUGAUUUUUCGGAGGGAUCCCUGUUCAGCCUACUGAAGAUGGAACACGCAUUAGCAACUUGCAAGUUGAAUUUAAAGAACGGACAUCUCGAUAGGGCCGAGGAAGCUUUGUCUCAGCUAGGAACUAAUUCUCUUGUAACUAGAGAUGAGUCCUUCCGGUGUGUAUGGCUUGGAUAUAUUCAAUGCCUCAAACAAGAUUUUGCGGCCGCAGAAAGUUUGUAUAUGAGUUCGGUUUUGGCGGCGAAGAGAACUGGGUCGCGGGAUUGUGUGGUAGAAGCUCUAUUCCAACUCGAGACAUUCUUUUUACAUACUGGAAAGUCGCUCGAAGCGGAGCGAAUUCGCACCGAACGAUUUCAGGAACUCCGUAAAUUGGAUUCUCUCGUCUGGGCGGAUCAAGAGGACGUACCGUAUGCACAAGUCAACAGCUCUGGCUCAUCGAUCACCAUAGUGCACAUCGGCUCUGAUGAGAGUAGUCUCAGAUGGCGCCCUUCUGCUUUUACCGAAGUAACCGAGUAUGGAAAUGCAUCGCGUGCUGGCUCAUAAGGAGGGUACGGAAUUUGGCAUCUUUAAGGAGUUCACCAUUUACGAACGGGUUGAUCUAUUGGCGUACACGGGGAGAAAUAUUUAGAUGGUUGGCUCAUUGCUUAGAUUUACUUUUGGAAUAUAUCCCCUUAUCCUACCUAACU